CGGCGGAGGCUCGACUGCCGCUGCCGUCUCCGCCCGCUCCCAGCCCUCUCAAGCACGCCGGGAAGCGGCCCCGGAAAGGUCGCCGGGAAGCGACAGGUAGGCACACCCGGUUACUGCGGCGGUGGGGGAGGGGGCGGAGGAGCGAGGUGAAAGGAUUAUGAUGGGAAAGGGAAGGAAAGAAAAAAUAGCGUGAAAAGAGAAGAUACGACUCCGCCGGGACUCGAACCCGGAACCUUUGAAUCCCUUCAACCCUCUAGAAGUCCAAUGCGCUAUCCAUUGCGCCACGGAGCCACCUGUUGGAUUCUUCGCGCACCGCCUAUGGAGCCUGCGCGCGGCGGCACGGGCCGGCAGUGCGUAGAGCAGCAGGGGUGAGUGCGCCCCGCUUCGGGUGCGGCCUAUUCUGUGCGGUAAUGAUGGGUGCUCCUGCAGCGAGCCCUAUCUCGGCUGCCCCUGCCCGGGCUGCCAGGCCCCAGGUGGCACGGAGUUCGAGACAGGGCUGGAGACAGAACUGCUCUGUUGUACUGCAGCCAGUGUCGUGCAGGACACUGCUUCUGUAAGGAUCUCGCAUUUUGUGUAACAGUAAUUAAAAAGUUUCAGUAUUUAAAGUAUGAGGAAGCAAAUGAAGUUGAUGUAGAAUAAGCUCAUUAUGAUACGUGCUCCUUUUGACAUAGCAUCAAGGGCUGAGGUGCCCUAUGUAACACACAACCAUGGGGACCCGGGCAGUGAAGGCACUGUGUGAUGAGCCCCAAGUGCUGUCCCGGAGUCAGCCAGUGUACCUGUGGGCAGCUGUGAGCCAGUGCUUGUUAUGGACUGGCUGGUUUUCACACUGCUUCUGCUCGGAUUGAGGGGAUGACUGGAGGUCUUCGUUUUUGAAGCAUGAUGUUGGAGUUACAGCCCUCAGGGUAACAAAAUGUGAGAAUCAUAGAACCCUUAGAGUUAGAAGGGACCUUUAAAGGUCAUCUAGUCCAGAGAAGCCAACAGACCAUCUAAGAAUCAAAGCUGUACAAGAGUCAGAAGAGGUCUGACUGGAUUUACAGGCUCUAGGUUUGUGCAAUCUUGCCAUAACUGUUCUGUUCCGGACUGAACUUCUUGUGCUUACUCCUGGCAAAGAAAUGUUCUGCAUUUGCAGAUGAAAGAAUGCACCAGUUCAUUUCUUUACUGAGUUUCUUUCGUGUCCUCAGCCUGUAAUGAUUCAGGCCCUGUGCUUCAAAAAGGAAACAGAACUUUUGCUUUUAAGAAUUGAUACAGUCCUCGAAAUAAUAAGCUUAAAUCCAUGUUUGUUCUACUCAAACCCCUUGUAUGUAACUAAGAACUGCCGUGAAAGUUCUGUAGUUUGGAAACUUCUGGCAUUUACUGUGGGUCAAACUGAGUGUCCGCACAGCUCCAACGUGCUUUGAAACGAUGGUAACUUUGGACAGAAUGUCAUUAAAUGAUUGCAGAUAGAGUAGAACAGGAGGUCGGGUGUAGCCUCCUCCCUGUAAAUGUAGUCCCAGCGCAAAGUCAAUGUUUCGUUUCGGACAGCAGAUGGAGCUGCGGAAUGAGAAACCGUUCAUGAGCUAAGGAAACGGGUUAUGUUGAGCAAAAGCAACCCAUAAUCCUUGCUGACUUGGAUGGGUCCUUUACACUUUAGCUCUCCUGUGGCCAGCUGAAACUCAGUUCUCUUACAAGCUGUCUUUCAUCUUAGCUUCUCUUCAGAGUUAUGCUUUGUUUCAGGGGGUAGGUGUUUACAGCAGUCUGGCAAUGCUGUUUUUUGUUACCAGCAGUUUUCACUGAACUAGGCUGGGUGCUGUUUUGCUAAUUUUAAAUACCAGAAGAAACUGCAGUAGUGAUACUUUGACACAAGAAAGCAAGUGGAUCAAAGGCAGGCAAGUUAAUAAUCACCAAAGAAAAGGCUGGAUGUGCAAAGUUUUGUUCUUACCUUUCAUUUUGCAACCAAGAUGUAACCAUCCGGGCUUUUAUUUUUUCAUUUUUAUUUUUAAAUUAACAUCAAGCUAAUGAAUACCUACAGAAUUCAGUUGUUCCUCUAAAGCUUCUCACAGACAUCACUGUAGUUCAGCUCCUCUCAUCUGAGGUAACUUCAACAUUUUGAGAUGAAACUUCCUGUGGAAAAGCCUUUCUGUAUAUACCUUAUUUUGUUUGUCAGCUUCCAUAUAUCAAACCUGAGUGGCAAAAGAUGUAUGAUGGAAUCUAUCCAGAGGACUCUGCUGCUUUUCAGCAAGCUUCCCUUCUCCUUCAUAGGAUUUCAUUGGGUGCUACUGAAUGAUGAACUUCUCCUGUUCCCUGUUUAUUCUGUUGCUUCCUCAACUCGGCUGCUUGGUUCUUCAUUUUGUAAGAAUGAUGCGGUUGCAUUGUCCCAAAUAGACCUGGCGCACUGAUACCGAUUAUGCUGUCUCUGACAUAGUUUAGUCACAAAACAAACAGAAAACCCACAGCAAGUGUACAGAUUCAGUCUCAGGACUUCAGGAAUAUUCAAGAAGUAGACCAUGUUCUCUAGCUUCUGUGCUUAUUAUAGUAUUACAAAAUAUUUAAUAUAUAAAUUUUUGUUUAUAAAGGAUUUAAAACAAGAAUUUGAAAAUAGAGUUAAAAGACACUGAUUCUGAAACAAUCAAAACCAAUCCCUGCCUUCUGCCACACUGUUUAAAUGUACUAUUUAGUCUCUUUCCUCACUCGCAUGCUCUUUGAAUGAUGUGCACGUAUGCAAGAAGUGCAGGGUUCAAGCAGUGCUGCAGUGCAGGUACUGGGAAUGUUUAUAAGUAAACAUGAUGGGUUAACUUCUGCUUUCAUCUGAACCACUUUGAAUAUGACCGUACUGAAUCAGCUUAAUGAAGUUAUUUCUGGGCUACGUUGAUGAUAGUAAAAUUUGGCCUGUCGUUCUUCUUUUCUUGUUGUCAACAUGGUGACACGGUGUUCACUUUAGGUGAUUUUUGCUAACCUUUUCUUUGGAGAUGUUCCUCAUUAAUAAACCCAAGCCUUAAUUCCUGUUAUUAUCAUUCCUUCUGGGAAAAAGUGCUUUUAAUCUUCAGUGAUUUGGACCCCAUCUGAAUAGAGGUAGAAAGAUAAAAUGCAGCAGACUCUUGUUUCUUUGACAGAGAAUACUUUAAUGUUAUGAGAUUCGUUGUGUUUCCUACAUUUCCCACUCAGGGGCUGUGUGGGCUGUUUAUCCUGACAGCUAAAAACUAGAGUUGGAUUGCUAUGUCCUGCCGGCUGGGUGCUAAGCGUGUCCCUAGGUUGGCCGUGUGUGGUCAGCAAUACUACUGGAAUAAACUUGCCAGGCAUGUUCUAAAAUGAUGAAAAGCUUUUAUUCUUAAUUAAAUUUUGCUUUUCACUCAGUUACGAAUAUAGUGACCGACUCAGCAUAAUAUGUGAAUACUGAAUCUGAUCUAAUUGCAGAAACAGUACUGCAUAAAAAUCAUAUCCGUUCGUCAGUCCUUUAAUUAAAAAUAUUACCCAGGCUGGGAAUCUAGCCCAGAACUGUGUACAGAUUCUCUUCUCUCUCCCUCAACAAGUUUUUACUUGAUCUGUUUCAAAUAUAUGUUGAUUUGACUGUACUGGAAACUUUCAGAAAGUUAUCUUGCUAUUGAUUUUUGGAGCCAGCAAAUGUGAAUUGUAUUCUGAAGGUUUAUUUGUAAAUAGGUUUUUCUCUUUGAAAAUUCCCUUAAUGGAACUGUAUCACCAUUUAUGAAUUUGAUUUUGGUAGCUAAAUUCACAGUGCGCAAUACGAGGUAAUGGAGUGGCACAGGACCAGGUGCCAGGAGUUCUCGAAUACUACCCUUGUGCUUGUCCUUCACUUACAGUGUGGCUCAGCAAGCCGUCUACAUUCACUUAGAGUGAGGUGUGUGUCCAGCUCAGUGCUCCGCAGGAGCUGUAUGUAGCUCUUGGUUUGUCUGAGGAAUUGGCCGACUCCCCAGUCAAUGCCUGCAGCCUUCUAACUCUACAUUCAUGUUCUUCUCACUCUUUCAGCCUACCUGGCAGGCUGUGAUGGAGUGUGCUGCAGUUAGGGCUGAGCACCUUGCUCUGUGCGGGCAGAGAAGAUGCUCGGCAGCUCAUGGCAUAUCCCCCAAAGAAAACAACAGGGAAGAUGACAGAGCUCAAGUAUUACAAGGGAGUUACCUGUGGAUGCUGCAGCUCCUUCAGAUGAAAAGGUGUUACUAGAGAGAUACCACUGGUGCCUCAGGUCUGUGGCAUUGAUGCACAUGAUCUGGCAAAUGGCAAACAAAGCUUGCCCCAUUAGCAUUUACAGAAACUUUUCGCUUCUUAUGAAAAUGAGCAUUCUCUUUUAUGCAGGUAGAAAUCUGAAAAUAUUUUUUUGCAAGCAGCCAGCGAAGUCUUCUGGUUUGUUUAUUUUAAUAUAAUUUAUGUUCAACUUUCAAUUCAAGAAAAAAACAGGAAUAGACUGAAUCCUAUGUCACUCGGGCAAAAAAUGUCCCUGAAGGUUAUGUAUAAAUUGCAUGUGAAGGUGACAAAUGCUGUGAAGCAGAAGCAUGUCUGUGGGCAGCGUACUGAUGGGAUGAUAGUGAGAUGUGAAGAUACUUCUUGGUACUUUGGAAGAAGAAUAAAUGAGAGUGAAGGAGUUUUCAGGCUGACAGAUGAGUGAUGCACACCAUAUUGGUUAAUGUGGUUAAUAUUUGUUGUACUUUCUAACUGUAUUACAGCUAGCUGUUUUCUGUGUGGAUUGGGGAAAAAGUCACAUUUGGAAAAAUGUCUUUAUUUCUUAUAAAGCUUUUGAAAAUGGCUUUUUUUUUUUUUUUUUUUUUUUUUUUUUUUUUUUUUUUUUAAUUCUGCUCUUCUACCUACCAGGAAUUAUUUUUCUCUGCCUUAACAGCCAUAGUGGAAGAAUGUUAAACUGGCAAGUGAUAUUUAUAGCUAACCCUUGCUUAAUUGUUGUUCCAGGUCCUUUCUUCCUUCCAAUUUUUGUCUCAUAAAACCAGUCGCUGAAGUUAAUACAACUUAUUGCCCUGCAGAAGUUACAGUAUGAGGAAACAAAACGCUGCUCAUCAAAGGCUCUUCUGUGCAGAUAGCACAGACACAAAGACUUCUUUGUGGUGGAUGUGCAGACUUAGCUCUGUCACUCUAAAUCAGUACUGAAUUUUCCUCAAUUCUAGUGUUGCAGGAAAAUAAUGUCCAUUUGUUCUUUUGUGGAGCUUUAAUUUUAUUUCCAAAAAUACUGUCAGGCAGCAAGCAUUGACUUAACAACUUACAAAAAAAAGUCUGUGUUAAGAGUUGAUUGGAAUUUGCCCAUGUAGUCUCUCAGAGGUCUCCUUUUUUUUUUUUUUUUCUUUUUUUUGGUGGAAAUGAUGUCUACUUAUAUAUACAUUCAUCUUUAUUUGUUUGAAUUAGUAAUGUGUACCAGUCACUUGAAGAAUUAGAGAAGCAUAAUUAGAAUGGAGCAUAAAGACGGGCUAUAGAGAGAGUAAUAUUGGUAGUUCUACUAAAACCUGGGGGGAGGCUUUGGCUUUGGUUUGGAACCAUUUUUUUUUUUUUUUUGAGUCUUCAUUCCUGCAGCGCAGAAAGAUGAGCUGGCUGUGCAGCUGGCUACCGCCCAGAAGAAUAUGGCGAAAUCACCUCCCAGCAGCCUCUGCAAGUUCACUUCUUCCUCAAGUCAGAAAAGGCCUUUUGAGCUCCAACUAGAUUUUCUUAAACAGUAGUAGUUAUAAUUUCUACUGUCAAACAAAAAGGAGGUUCACAUGAGAUGUGGUCACUACACUUUCAGACAAGGACUGGGGCACACAGAUGAUGUAGUCGUCACUAAAGUGGGAGCUGCCUGCAGACUCCUCUCUGACCGCUAGCAGGCAAAGUUUAUCCUGCAGUUGAGGGGUAUCUCCAGCACAGCACAGAUCUGACAGCAAGGCUGUACACGCGAGGUCUGUACUUAUGCUUAUCAGUUGCACCUUAAUACAACGGUCUUCUGGUUAGGUUCAGUGACUGAAGAAAAAAGAACUUGGACAAAUAAUUGCAAAAUUAUGGAAGUAUAUGCCUAGUUUUUGAGAGUGUAGAUGUUUUCAGGACAGAUAUGCAGCCUAAGGAAGUGGCAAGUGAUCCUAAUUGAAACUUUUACAAGGCUACCAUAAUCAAAUAGAAAUAUUAAUACAUGACAAAAUAUAAUGUGAUGCCUGGAGUAGAUACCUCUACUUCUCUCUAAUAAUCUGUUGAUCUCUCUACCUGUCAAGUAUGUUUUGAGCUUAUGCAUAGCUUCAUGUUGAUGUAAAUUCAUAAUUAUUUUUUUCUUCUAGUUUUUUUGAAGUUUUUCUCCCUGUGUAUAAGCAAACUUAUUUUGAAGGAAUGUUUUUUCAAGAAACAGCCUGUAAAGGUCACAGCUAAAAUUCAGCGAAUUGUAUGUUUCAUAAUGGAUUAUUGGGAAAUAACUUAUGCUUUUCACCUGUUAGAAAAGUAAUUUAAAACAGAAAACAAACAAACCAGAAAAGACCAACUCACCACAGUAUACAGCUUCUUCAUUUAGUACGGGGAAAACGAUAACAACAAAAACCCAAAACAAAAAAACUCAGAGUUCAAUUAUUACCUUCAUGAUUCAUCAGCUGUUGUCUCACAGGCAGGUCCAGCUGCCCAUUGGGUGAAGGAUUUCUCAAGAUGUAUCUUUUACCAGCAAGAUUUCACAUCUUAAAUGUAUGUAGUAGACCAUGAUAACCUCCUUAUAUGCAGUAUUGCUUAAACCUCAUUUUGCAUGACUGUACUUGUUUCUGGUCUUGGAAAAAUGUUGCAGAUAUGGCACAAGCAUCAACUUCCAGCACCAGUCAGUGCCAGAGGGUGCCAAAGGGCAAUGCGAUAUUCAGAAAUUCCUAGUAGUGUUAGCAGCAGAUUGCAAUUAAGAGUCUCAAUGGUUGGACACUUACCUACCUGCCUUGUGUUGACGAAUCAAGAAUGAUAGCUGCAGGGAAAUUUUCAAGUCUUCCCAGAAAUGUCCCAGUGAAUGUGAACCAUCAGUUCUCAUUAGCAUCGUCUAUGGAUCUUUUGACCACCAAGCCUUCACUAACUGAGCAUCGCUCAGACUCCUUUCAAGACAUCUCUAUCCAUGGCACACUCCCCAGGAAGAAGAAGGGAACAGUUAAAGUUAGGGCUUGUGAUAUGUUUAGCCAUGUGGGAAUGUUACCGUACACGAGAACACAAAGGCAACAGCCACCUUUUGUACAGGAUGUCAUAGAAGAGUACCCUCUACAAAAUGGGAAGAGCAACAAACUCCACACCAGAGAUCAGAAUAUUCCAGAUCCUACUUUGGAGUAUGUUAAGUUUUCUAAGGAGCGGCAAGUUAUGGACAACAGCCCAGAAAAACUGAAGAAAGAGUUAGAGGAAGAGCUGCAGCUAAGCAGUGAAGAUCUGCGUAGCCAUGCCUGGUACCACGGACGUAUUCCUCGGCAGGUAGCAGAAGACCUAGUUCAGAGGGAUGGAGAUUUUCUGAUCAGGGAUUCUCUUUCCUGUCCUGGGAACUUCGUUCUUACCUGUCAGUGGAAGAAUACCUCUCAGCAUUUUAAAAUCAACAGAACAAUUCUAAGAUUAAGCGAAGCCUACUGCCGUGUUCAGUAUCAGUUUGAACUUGAAAGUUUUGACAGUAUCCCUGGCUUAGUUAGAUACUAUGUUGGGAAUCGCACACCAAUAUCAAAACAGAGUGGAGCAAUUAUUUUUCAGCCUAUCAACAGGACUGUGCCUCUCAGGUGUCUAGAAGAAAAGUAUGGCGUAAUUCCAGACCGACAGAAAGAGCAAAGUAUCCCUGAAGGAAAAACUGAAGCUGCAAAAAGACUGAGUCUUGGUAUAUCCAGCAUGCAGUCCCAGGAGCAGAGCGUACCUAGGGGAAAUCUUUUGAGAAACAAAGAAAAAAGCGGUAGCCAGCCAGCUAGUUUGGAUCACGUUCUGGACAAGAGAUUCCCUCUUAAGACUCACCAGUCGGAGAGCUAUCUGCUGAUAGGUUCAAGACAUUCAUCUCGAUUACCUGAAGCAGAUGCUGACUCCUGCCCAAGCUCUCCUGCAUUUAGAACAGGCAGUGAACCUUCUUUAAGCCCCACAGUUGUUCAGAAAGUCACUUAUGAUUCACAAGUAGGAGAAGCUCUCAGAGGAUCAGACAGCCAGCUCUAUCCAAAGCCUCCACCUAAACCCAGCAAAGCAACCCUGCUGAAGACCACAGAUUCUCCUAUGGCUUCCCAUAGCUCAGAAGGGCACUACUGUGAGCUAAGCCUUGUCAGAGAUUCUGCAGCAACAGAACACCUAUGCCAGAAAAACAGCUACGUGGAGCAUCUGACGCAAAAGGAGAGGGGAAGGCAAUGUUUCAGGAACUCUGAAACAAGUUAUUUGAUCCUGGAUGAUGACCAUACAGUGAACUCUGCAGGUCCUUUAGAUGUCUCAACUGAGACAGCUGAAGAAAACAAUGUGUUUUCUGCACCUCUUUUUGAGACUUCAUCUAGUUUUAAACCAAAUGAUUUUGAAUCCAAACUACUUCCUUCUGAAAACAAGCCUUUGGAAACAUCAAUGCUAAGAAAAAUUAAGGAGCUUUUCACCAAGAAUAACCCAAAGGUUAUUGCACAGCAUAUUCUUAGAAUGGACUGCAAGGUGGCAAGGAUACUAGAAGUUUCUGAAGAGAUGAGGAGGAUUAUGGGAGUGAACUCUGGUCUUGAACUCAUUACUUUGCCUUAUGGACAUCAAUUGCGCCUGGACCUAAUUGAAAGGCACAAUACCAUGGCAAUAGGAAUAGCUGUGGAUAUCUUAGGUUGCACAGGAAAUCUGGAAGACAGAGCUGCAACAUUAAACAAGAUCAUCCAAGUUGCAGUGGAGCUGAAGGACUCACUGGGGGAUUUGUAUGCAUUUUCUGCCAUUAUGAAAGCGCUGGAAAUGCCACAGGUCAGCAGGUUAGAACAAACCUGGACCUCUUUAAGACAUCAUUAUACCCAGACUGCCAUCAUGUAUGAAAAACAGCUGAAGCCAUUCAGCAAAGCUUUGCAUGAAGGACAAGAGAUGGUCAGUGUUCCACAGAACCUAACGUUGCCACUGCUCAUGCCUCUUGUUACCUUGAUGGAGCGACAAGCUGUCAUUUUUGAAGGGAUGGAUCUGUGGGAAAGCAGUGACCAAAGCUGUGAAAUAAUGUUCAAGCACUUGACCACAGCUCGUCAGAUAGCCCAGAAUGCAGAAAUGUACAGCCUGACUGCACAACGGAUGCUGGAAGGUUUCCAGCCAGAUGAAGAGAUGAGUGAAAUCUUCAAGACAGAAUUUCAAAUGAGAUUGCUCUGGGGCAGCAAAGGAGCACAAGUUAAUCAGAAUGAAAGAUAUGAGAAGUUCAGCCAAAUUUUAACUGCACUUUCCCGAAAACUGGAACCUCCUCCAGUGAAGCAGGUGGAACAAUUAAGUAUCUAAGACUAUAAACACUAUUAAGUGAUAUACUUGAAAUAACCGUAGCUUGCUUUCAGUAAUUUGAUACUGCACAUACUUUUUGCAUUUCACAAGAUGUUUAGAACUUCUAAUUGCACAAUGCACACUUGUUUUAAAACUACUGACUUCUACAACAAAUUAUUUAUGUCCUGUGUCACUACAUCGUUUAAUGAUCUCUUUAUACAGGUAGGUCAUCCCUGUAAAGUACUACUGCAGCUUUCUGUAUUUCCUUAAGGUUACAAUAUUUUGAUAAUGCCUAAGAAUAGGGGCAUUUACAUCAUAAUUAUAUUUAAAUGAAGCAAAUAAUGUAAAUAAAGUGAUAGAUUAACUAUGUUACAGUUGUAUAAUACUCCUUAAUUGGGUAUAAAACACUAUGUACAGAACUGUGAAUUAAAGUAUAUCUUUAUGCAAAAUAAUUUGCAUACUAUAUAAUUGAAGAAAUGAUCUGUGACUGCAACAGAAGGCUCAGAUUUCACUUUACCUAUGAAAGCAGAAAAUUAGCUGUGUAUGUGUUGGGACAAUUGAAAGUUUUUUUCUCCAGACAGCAUGUGUAGCACUUUAACUUCUGCUGGAGGUUGGACAGCUACACUGCCAGGAAAUGAAUGAUGAAAUGGGAAGAACAAACAACCUAGGUAAUUAAAAUGAUUUCAUAUAAGAGUAAAGGCGGGUGUAUGUAUAUAUUAAAACUUACAUUCUGAAGUGAAUCAUGAUAAGCAGUUUUUACAUUUUUUUUUUCUUGGAUGAAGAGUUACUUAUCAGUACUUUUCAUAGAUAAUCAGAGUGCAUAAUGUUAAUAUAAAGAAUGCUUCAGCAGCAAAUACUAUCCUGUCGUGUACGUGUAAAGAUUUGAUGUAUAAGCAUUCUCAGAAAUUGCAUAAAUACUUAGGCAAGAACUGCAGUUACAGAGUUGCAUUUGUUCAUUGUAAGUACGCCUGUUUUGGGAGUGAGAUGUUACAGCAUUUGAAAGUACCAGAAUAGGGUAAGUAGGCAAACAAACAAAACAACCACUACCAGAAUGGUGGCAGUCACUUCCCCUCUAUCUAUCUUUAAUCACUGCAGAGGUUCUACAACCAUACCACGAGGUAGCAGAGCUCCUGCUAACGCUGUCACACUGCCAAGUCUCCCUAUCAAUCUUAAGAAAAAGGUUGAAGCUAAUUUUUUAAACCAUGAAAAGAUUUUUUAUUCCAUGAAAAUAUUCUCAACAGAGAACACUAUCUUUAAACAAAGCAUUUAACAUUUAGGAAAUCAACAUGUGCACAAAAAGAAGAUUAAAAAUUACUGGAAAAGGCAAGUCUUUUAGACAACUCACAUUCAGAAUUUUAGAAUAAGUGAUUUAUAACUAGCUAUGCAAGGACAGAUGUAUUUUUUCCUAUGCUUAAUAACCCUCCCACAGGUUGCACUAUCCCUAGUGAAAGCAACCUGCCUUCAAUGGAAGCAAAUCCUGGUUUUAGAAAAACAAACAGUAGUGUAAAAAGAACAUUUUGUCCUUUCCCAGGAAGUGUUGUUACUGACCUGUACGGCUGUUAGCCAGGCAAAUCACCAGGCCCUUUAGCAGAAAAUACACAGAUCACAUUUCUUCCUUUCCUCUAGCUUUAAAAUGAAAAAAUUACUAUUUAAAACAAACAAACAAACAAAAAACCUACGUAAAUAGUUUUGUCAGUAUUGAGUAUUGUCACAUUAUAAUAUAAAUAACCCUGUAUACAAGCUCCAAAAAUCUAAACUUUAGCAUUUCAUAGCCCCCAUAAUACACUAGGUCAAGCUGUGUAAUAGUGGUAUAGAAUGAAUAAACCUCCACACAAGUCACUCAAAUUCAGUUUUACUGGUAGUACAGUUCCUAAUAACACUGAAAUUAAAAAAAAAAAAAUCCAGCACUUCUGCAUUCAAAUAUUGCUUCAGACCCCAGAAAAACAGGAUGUUUUGAUUAUUAUUUCCCAAACAGCAGUUGGCUGGGUUGACAAGCUUUGUUUGAUGCAAAUAUCCCCCCCCGCCCAAAAUCUCUAAUCUAAUUCUUAUCACCCUAAUAGAUCAGAUAUGAUGUGUUAAUAGAACCACAAAUGGGAGGCAAGACAACAUAAGCAACAGGGGCACUGCAGACAACUAUAUUUACAUGUAUAAACAUAUCCAAAUUUCAAUUGUUUACAAGUAAAAGUGCACAUAGAUCAUUACGAAAUAUCACUCAAAUUUCAACUGGUCCAUACAAUGAAGCAUCACCUAGAAACGGACUAGCACUGCAGUAAUUUAAUUAAAAUUGGAACUUCAUAGUCAAAAAACUAAGAGACAGUUUCCAUAAAAAUAGUUUUAAAAAUAUUAAAAUCAAAUUAAGAGAUACACAUCCCAAUGUAAAAAAUUCAUGAUGCACCAUGUAUCCUGUAAAGUAGAGCUCUACAAAACACCUACCAUGUCUACCUCAGCAGCUGCAGCACUGUGGAAAGAGCUGAGACACAAAGCCCUUUGUGAGAUACUGUAAGUGGUAGUGUUGGCAACAACAGAUUUAGGCACUAUAGUUUAAGGCAGCAGUAGAAUGGCAAGUGGUUGACUUCUGAAAAUAGUCAUUAGCUCGCAGUGGUGAAUCUCUCUGGUGGUGUUCCAGGUUUUCAGUGCUGACAGUAGGUUACUGAAGUGCUGAAGAUGGACCACAGGUCUAGAAGUUUCUCUUGACUGCAUUGUAGGUUAGAGCUGGGAUGUAUCAUUUCCCCGAAUCAACGUAACAUAAAUACAUUACGGUCUCUUACCAGUUAAGCUAAAAACUGGAAUGUAAUGGUGGUUGCAAUGGAAAAGUUAUAGCAGCAUACAUGGAUACUGGAUGAAACUCUAGUACUGAAGGUAUUUAAAGAGAAUGAUUUGUUACAAAAUAAGAGAAGCAAUGAUGUCAAACAAGUGUUAUGCAGACAUGCCUGAAUGUCCUAGGCAUGCAAGAGGAGGUUAAGGGCGAGCAUGGAGGUGGUGCAGGCAGACUGGUAGCUGACAUGGUUCUAAAUGACUGCCAUUUAAAAUGAGUAGGAAAGAGUAUAACCAAACCAACCAGAAUGUAGCACAAGCUAAAAUAUAGUUUGGGCCUCUCUGACCACCUAUGACAAUGAAAAUAACACAAUUUUAGGAAGAGCUGCCUUUUCACUCUGGUAAUGGAAUGCUAUUUUCCUGCACAAAUUCAAGAAUUUGUAAUACAUCCUUAAUUACGUAUGGAAAUGCUAAGAAUGUUAGUGACUAAAUGUAUGUCUGCAUGCAUUCAUGCAACUAGCUUUUCCCCCUGUUCAAUGGGCAUCCCAGUCUAACACCUCCCUCCCACCCCCCGCCCCAAGCAGCUGCAUGUAACCUCCUUCAAGAUCUCGCCCAUUUUCUCAGAAACCCGCUUCAGGAACCUGCAGUCCAAGAGGAAAAAGAAAAGAACAAAGUUACUGAAGGCCUUUAGAAGACAGGGAAGCGUGCUCAGUUCUAAAAGGCCAUUCUCAGUGGCUAUACACUAGCCUUGUAUUACUCUCAUAAAUUCACAUUAGAAAUACAAGCAAUAGUUUCUACAUGAAAUCAAGUAGUGCAAUGCAGUUUCCAAGCCUCAGUGAUGUAACAGUGAGGGGAACAGAAUUAAUUUAAAAAAAAAAAAAAACCUUGAUUUCAAACUAAA